GGGGGCGGGACCUGGUGGCUAGUCACGUGAGGCGGCGGGACGGGCGGAUGCAGGGAGGAGGCCACGCGCAGCAAAGCAGCGCCGCGAGCUCAGGGUUUAGGAGCCGUUGCUGGGGACAGAAAGACGGGGACGUGAGCGGCCAUUGAGGGUGGCUAGGGUGCAUGUGAACCCCCCACCCCAUCUGCUUGGUGUGCGGGCUGAGCUUCGAGGGGCUGAGCUUCGAUGGAGGACCACAUGUCUGGGCACAACAAGGAGAAGCGUUAUGAGUGCGACGUGUGUGGCAAGGCCUGGCAGUGCCUGAACGAACUGGAGAUCCACCGGAGGGUUCACACGGGUGAACGCCCCUUCGACAGCUCCGACUGCAGCACGCUCUUCAAGACGGCAAAGGACCUGAAGUUGCAGCGGCAGGUGCACACGGGCGAGAAGCCCUAUGGCUGCUCCACCUGUGGCAAGAGCUUUGCACGGUUAUCGGGGCUGCUGUAUCACCGGCAGGUGCACAGCAGUGAGCGGCCCUUCACCUGCUCCGACUGCGGCAAAUGCUACAAGUGGUCCGCGAACCUGAAGAGGCACAGGCUCCAGCACACCGGGGAGCGCCCCUUCACCUGCAGCGACUGCGGCAAGGGCUUUACCGACUCCAGCCACCUGCUGCUGCACCAGCGCAGCCACACCGAUGAGCGCCCCUUCACCUGCAUCCAUUGUGGCAAAGGCUACACCCAGUCCAGCCACCUGCAGCAGCACCAGCGCACCCACACCGACGAGCGCCCCUUCAGUUGCACCCAGUGCAGUAAAAGCUACACCCAGUCCAGCCACCUGCUGCAGCACCAGCGCACCCACACCGGGGAGCGCCCCUUCACCUGCAGCGACUGCGGCAUGGGCUUCACCCAGUCCUGCAACCUGAUGUCCCACCAGCGCACCCACACCGGCGAGCGCCCCUUCAUCUGCACCCAGUGUGGCAAAGGCUUCACCCAAUGCAGCACCCUGCUGAUGCACCAGCACACCCACACAGAUGAGAAGCCCUUUGGCUGCUCCGACUGUGGCAAAGGCUUCAAGUCAUUAAAGUACCUGAAGAUACACAGGCACGUGCACACCGGGGAGCGCCCCUUCACCUGCAGCGACUGCGGCAAGGGCUUCACCCGCUCCACCAGGCUGCUGCAGCACAAACGCACCCACAUCACCGAACGCCCCUACACCUGUGCCCAGUGCGGCAAGGGCUUCACCAGCUCCACCAGGCUGCUGUCCCACCAGCGGGUGCACGCCGGUGACCGUCCCGUCCCGAGCCCAGUGUGUGGAGAGCGAUUUACCAUGGCCUCCCAGGCCCUGUCUCACCAGUAGCCAGCCCUACGAUUGCCCUUACGGUUGUGAGGCGGUUGACAGCUCGCGGGGGUUGCAGCAGCACCGGCGGGUCCAUGCCAGCGAAGGCUGCUCCCACUGCGGCAGCGUUUCAAGAGAGCACAGAGGCUGCGGGAGAACCAGCGGAUACACACCGGAGAGAGACCCUUAGUGUGGCAGCACCGGCGUACCCAUAGAUAGAUAGAUAUGCCAUUUAUUGUCACUAUACAUGUACAGUGAAAUUGAAAGCUGCUCGUACUCAGUGAGUCCCUUCCCCUGCCCGUCCUGUGGUAAGGGCUUUACCUGCCUGGAGCACCGGCGAGUCCACACCGGCCAGCGCCCCUUCACCCGCCCGCCCUGUGGCAAGGCCUUUGCCCGCUCCUCCAGCCCGCUGGCACAUCGCAACAUGGAUAGAUAGGCACUGUUUAGGUAGACACAAAAUGUUGGAUGGGAUGGGUAAUGUUUCGGGUCGAGACCCUCUUCAGUCGCGAUGCCCAUUCCUUCGAUGUAAGUUGGGCUAAAGGGCCUGUUUCUGUGCCAGGUGACUAGUGCAGAUGGGGCAUGUUGGCCGGUGUGGGCAGGUUGGGUUGAAGGAAGGACCUGUUUCCAUGCUGGGUGACUGACUCAUUCAGUUUUGUAAAUGGGAGGUCAGGACUGCUCUCUAGUUGGUGAGAGGACGGUUCAGUUGCCUGAUAACA